AUUUAAAGUUAGGCGAACGGCUGUUAGCGAGCGGCCGCUAAUUGUCAGAAUGUUCGGCGGUCAAAGUGCGCUGUCUUUUCUCUGGUAGAACUGACCUGCCUCCACAACAAUGGAUGUUGGAAAGCAGGAUCCCAGUGGCCGAUGUCUCGUUACGGAUCGGAUGAAAGUGCAGGCUGGCUCUUGCGGUCAGGAUGCUGUUGGAGCAGACGUUGGUGUUGGCUCGCGGCGGGACUUGAAGCUCCUGAGGGCGGCAGGCAAGGAAUCGCCGUUACCGAGUUCGGCAGGAGUCAGGCAAAGCAUGAAACGUUUAUCGAGCGAGUUGCAAGGCCUCUACGAGGAAAGACUGAAGCAGCUAGGGAAUAAAGAUGAAAGUAAAGGUGCUCUAAAGAUGAAGUUAAGGAUUCUUCAGUCGUAUGUAAACGAUCUUAGUGAUCAGAAUAAAGUUUUGGCCCAAACUGUUGAAGAUCUUGAGAGAGAAGCGAAUGAAAAGAUUGCAAGUCUGGAUGCUAAACUUUGGAGAGCUGGCCAGGCAUCAUAUGAACAGUGGUUGAAAUGCAAAGCUACUAAGGAAGAAACUGAUUAUCUACGUAAACAAAACCUGGACAUAAAAAUUGACCUCAGUACUCUGAUUGGUGCUAUCCAGCAAGAUGAAAUAAUGCAGAAAUUUGAUUUUCCUUCCCUUCACUUGAGGAGUAUUCCAUUGGAGCAAGUUGUGAAACCAGCACUUUGUUGUUCAACUAUAAAGAAAUCAGAAGAGACAUCAAAGUCCCACUUGGAAAGCUUAAAGUCCCAAUUCAUAGCUGGAGAUCAGAUGGUUGAAAAGCCUCCUGAGGACUUAAAGGAAGUGUUAAGUGACAGUCGUCAAAGUAAGGCUGAGGCUAGAGGGGAAUCUGUAAAUGGAUUUCCAGAAGGCAUUCGACAAGCUAUCUUACAAAAGGUAAGUUAA